AUGCGUGCCGCCCUCCGGAUCGCCCGCAUCGCCGCGCGUGCUACGCCGGCUCCCCGCGCCGCUGCGCCGCGCGCCCUUCCCUCCCCCCUGCCGUCGUCCUCGGUCCUUGCCUCGAGCUCCGCCCGCGCCUUCUCGACGACGCCGAUCACGCUGAAGAAGGCAACGAAGAAGGACGCGAAGAAGGCCGGAGACAACAAGAAGGGCGGCAAGAAGAAGGCCGAGGUCGAGGUCGAGGAGACCGUCAUGACCGAUGCCCAGAUCGACGCUAUUGUGAAGAAGGCGAACGAGAAGAUGAACAAGUCGCUCGACUGGGCGAAGAGCGUCCUCUUCGAGGGUGUCGAGCGGGGUCGUGGUCGUGUCUCCCCGGCCGUCCUGGACACGGUCAAGGUUGCUAUCCCGGACCAGGGCUCUCAGCCUCUCAAGGCCAUUGCGUCGAUCACGGUGACGAAGGGUGGUCUCCUCGUCGAGGCCUGGGACAGCGACACGGUGAAGCACGUCGAGAGCGCGCUGCACAAGGCCAACCUGCCGGGCAUGUCGCCGCAGCGUGACGGCGACCGUAUCCGCCUCCCCGUCACGCGGCCCGACACGAGCGUGCGCAACGAGAUCGUCCGCUCGCUCGGAGGUACCGUCGAGGACGCUAAGAACCAGAUGCGCCAGGCGCGCUCGGAUGGCAUCAAGUCGGUUGGAGGCAAGAACUUCCGUGGCGCGGACGAGAUCCAGAGCGCGCUCGAGAGCAAGAGCAAGGAGCUUGACGAGCAGCUCAAGACCGCCAAGAAGGAGCUAGAGAAGGCUUAA